CGCACAGUGCAUGAAGCAGCGUUGAGCCUCUCUGUCUGUAGAGGAGGAACCUGACCGAUCAUGUGCACCGACAGAUGAUGAUGAUAUGGCAGAAUUAUUGCGUGCAAAUGAUACGAGGCAAUAAUACGCCUGGCAGGAAAUAAGGAGUGAAACAUAAGGCUUUGGUGUGUGCAGCUUGUGUGUGUGUGCUGGUAGUGCCUAUGGCUGAGUUUGUGGAGGACAGCAGCAGCCUGCCUCCAUUGCAUGUUGGGGGUACGGCCAUGCCCAGCGACGAAGCAGCAGCAGCAGCAGCUGCUGCUGCUGGCAAGACGCAUUGCGAAGUGUCGGUGUUGAAUGGAGACUGUGGUGGGAUAUCAGACAACAUGGUCGGUUCGGGAUCCCUCGUCUCACCUGGCAGCCAAGCCGGGUCGGAUACAGCCAACGCCAACGCCAACACCAACACCUCUGUCGGAUUGGAUGGCAAAUCUGAAAUACCACGCAGGAGCAGCAUUAUCAAGGAUGCCUCAAGACAGCGUAAAGAAAGAAAGAAGACUGUGUCAUUCAGCAGCAUGCCCACAGAGAAGAAAAUUAGCAGUGCUAGCGACUGCAUCAGUGCAAUGGUGGAUGGCUCUGAGCUGAAGAAAGUGCGAUCCAAUUCCCGCAUCUACCACCGCUACUUUCUCCUUGAUGCCGACAUGCAGUCUUUGAGAUGGGAGCCCUCGAAGAAGGAAUCAGAAAAGGCCAAAAUUGAUGUAAAAUCCAUCAAGGAAGUGCGGACAGGGAAAAAUACAGACACUUUUAGAACUAAUGGAACCUAUGAUCAGAUAUCAGAGGACUGUGCCUUCUCAAUCAUCUUUGGGGAGAACUAUGAGUCCCUGGACUUGGUGGCAAACACUGCAGAUGUAGCCAACAUUUGGAUAACAGGGCUGAGGUACCUGAUCUCCUACGGGAAACAUACGUUGAAUAUGAUAGAAACCAGCCAGAACAACAUGCGCUCAUCUUGGCUGGGUGAACUUUUUGAUGAAGCAGACGGUAACAACAGCAAACAAAUAACGAUAUGUGCUGCUGUGCAGCUAGUCAAGAAGUUGAACCCGGGACUUAAAAAUGUGAAAAUAGAACUGAAGUUCAAGGAGAUCCACAAAGCUAAGGACAAAGUAGGUUCUGAUGUGACAAAAGAUGAGUUCAUUGAGGUCUUUCAUGAUCUUUGCACAAGACCAGAAAUUUAUUUUCUCUUUGUUCAGUUCUCCAGUAACAAAGAAUUUCUGGAUACCAAGGACUUAAUGAUAUUUCUGGAGGCAGAGCAGGGUAUGGCACAAGUCAGUGAAGACACCAGCUUAGAGGUCAUUCAGAAAUAUGAACCAUCUAAAGAGGGCCAGCUCCAGGGUUGGCUUUCUCUUGAUGGGUUCACCAACUAUCUUAUGUCACCAGAGUGCCAUAUAUUUGACCCUGAACAAAAAACAGCAUGCCAAGACAUGAACCAGCCCUUGUCCCACUAUUACAUCAAUGCAUCCCACAACACAUAUCUGAUAGAAGAUCAGUUCAGAGGUCCCUCUGAUGUGACGGGGUAUAUCCGUGCCCUCAAGAUGGGCUGCCGCAGUGUAGAGCUGGACGUUUGGGAUGGGCCUGAUAACGAACCUGUUAUUUACACUGGGCACACAAUGACAUCACAGAUAGUUUUUCGCAGCGUCAUUGACGUUGUCAACAAGUAUGCCUUUGUGGCUUCUGAGUUUCCACUGCUACUGUGUUUAGAAAACCACUGCUCCUUAAAGCAGCAGAGAGUCAUGUAUCAGCACCUAAAGAAGAUCCUUGGAGACAAGAUCCACAUGGAUCCUCCAAAACCUGAGGACUGCUACCUCCCCUCUCCCUUAGAACUGAAGGGAAAGAUCCUACUGAAGGGUAAGAAACUGAGCACAAACUGCACUGCUUCAGAAGGUGAGGUGACAGACGAGGACGAAGGGGCAGAAAUGUCUCAAAGGAUGAGCAUCGAGUCAGCGGAACAACAGACCAUCGCACCCAAAAAAUUCCAGCUCUCGAAGGACCUCUCUGAUCUGGUGACCUUGUGUAAGUCUGUAGAGUUCAAGGACUUCCCAACAUCUUUCCAGAGCCAGAAGCAAUGGGAGCUUUGCUCUUUCAAUGAGGUCUUUGCCGGUCGCUGCGCCAGUGACUUCCCAGGUGACUUUGUUAACUACAACAAGAAGUACCUUGCGCGAGUUUACCCUAGCCCCAUGCGGAUUGACUCCAGCAACAUGAAUCCACAAGAUUUCUGGAAGUGUGGUUGCCAGAUUGUGGCAAUGAACUACCAGACUCCUGGCCUGAUGAUGGAUUUAAACAUUGGCUGGUUCCGUCAGAAUGGGAACUGUGGCUAUGUGCUGCGUCCAGCGAUCAUGAGGGAGCACGUGUCAUAUUUUAGUGCCAACACUAAAGAUUCAGUGCCUGGUGUUUCUCCCCAGCUCUUACACAUCAAGAUCAUCAGUGGACAAAACUUCCCUAAACCCAAAGGCUCAGGUGCCAAAGGAGACGUAGUGGACCCCUAUGUGUACGUGGAAAUACACGGCAUUCCUGCUGACUGCGCUGAACAAAGGACUAAAACGGUCAACCAGAAUGGGGACAACCCUCUGUUCGAUGAGAGCUUUGAGUUUCAGAUCAAUCUCCCUGAGCUUGCAAUGGUGCGCUUUGUGGUGCUAGACGACGACUACAUUGGCGAUGAAUUUAUCGGCCAAUACACCAUCCCCUUUGAGUGUCUCCAGCCAGGUUUUCGCCAUGUACCGCUACAGUCUCUGACAGGGGAGGUUCUGCCACAUACCUGGUUGUUUGUUCAUGUGGCCAUAACUAAUCGAAGAGGAGGCGGCAAACCACACAAAAGGGGACUGUCUGUACGAAAGGGCAAGAAGAGCAGAGAGUAUGCCAGCAUGAGAGUGCUAUCGAUGAAGGCCGCGGAUGAUGUCUUCAAAACAGCCAUGCUGCCACUGAGGGAGGCAACAGAUCUCAGAGAAAACAUGCACAAUGCCAUUGUGCCAUUUAAAGAGCUGUGCGGCCUUUCAGCAGUGGCUAACCUGAAGCAGUGCAUCUUGGCCCUAUCCCCUCGACUGACUGGACCCGACACCACCCCCCUUCUGUUGUUCAACCUCGCUGACCAGUACCCUAACCUGGAGCCCCAAGGCCUGCUUCCAGAGGUCCUCAAGAAAGUCGUCAUCACCUACGACAUGGUGAUCCAGACCAGCAAGACUCUGCUGGAGAACUCUGAGGGGCUGCAUGAGAGGAUUUUACUCACCCAAAAAGCAGCGAUGGAAUUUCACGAGAACCUCCAUGACUUUGCAGUGAAGGAGGGGUUGAAGGGCCGGAAGCUGAACAAGGCGGUGGAGAGCUUUACGUGGAACAUCACCAUACUAAAGGGUCAGGCAGACCUACUGAAGCACGCCAGGAGUGAAGUCCAGGAGAACCUCAAGCAGAUCCACUAUGCUGCGCUCACCUGUAACCUGUCUAAAGGCGGACCAACGGGUGGCUCCUCCGGCUCCGAAUCCAGGAGCAGACGCAGCCUCGAGGCCAUUCCUGAGAAGGCCACUGCGGAAGACGAGCUCACUGAUGAGGACAACUAAAGACCCACAAUCCUGCUCUGGUGCCCUCUUGGCACCCACAUUCAGACCUCUACUCUGUUCCUGCCUCCUGAGCUCAAAACCCAAAGCUCUUGCUCCCUCUGCUUUACCACUCUCUUGGCAUCAUCGCUCUGACCACACCAGUGUUUUUCCACAUUCCAUCGUGUACAUUCCUGUAUCCCAAACACAGCUGUAACCUCUCAGACUUCUGCCUGUAAUCAUCAAUAAAAUGCCACAACUACUCCAGGACAAAAAACCCUUCCCUAAGUUCAGUUCACAGAAAGUUGAGACCGGUUUGGAAAAUGACAUAAUGAAAAAAACAGUCUUAAAAUGUGUAGGGAGUUGUACUGAAAGCUGAAAAAGUAUAUAACAUUUGCCACACAUUUGAUGCUGCCUAGCCAUUAAAUGCACACUUAAUAUAAAUGCCAAACCUCGACAUCCAGCAAAAACAUAACAUUUGUGGAAAAUGUUUAAAGGGAUAACGUAGAAAUGCCGAUGAUUAUCAAAGUGCCAGAUAUAAAUCCUAACUUUCCACAGUAUAAAACUCCUAAACGUCUUCAUCUACAGUCCUACUGCAUUAGUUUGUAGCCCUCCCUUCAUUCCUCUGACCCUGUCUCUCAUUUCCUGGGUAAGCUGGGGGAGCCGAGUGAACUACCAGCCACGUGACCAUAUAAGACAUUGACCUACUGUUCAGAGACAGUGCACUACUACUCAGUGGACCGGGGUGUUACCCGAGGAAACAAAAAAAAGAAAAAGAGCCCUUGGAUUAUUGUAAGAGAUUUCUUAAAGCACAAUUUUUUUGGAGUUAUGAAUGUAACAGAACAGAGGGAGCGAAAGAAGUAAAGAAGUGGACACAAAAAGUCAUGAAUGAGAGUAAAGAGCUGUUUACAAUACUGAA